CGGGGCCAGACUCUUGAGCCAGGUAAGGAAAGCAGCCCAUACCCAGCCAUGGACCCCAGUGAUUUCCCCAGUCCAUUUGACCCAUUGACCCUGCCAGAGAAGCCCCUGGCUGGAGACCUUCCCGUAGACAUGGAAUUUGGAGAGGAUCUGCUGGAAUCUCAGACUGCUCCAACUCGAGGAUGGGCCCCCCCAGGUCCGUCUCCAUCCUCUGGAGCCCUGGACCUGCUUGAUACCCCUUCUGGCCUGGAAAAAGACCCUGGAGUAGUCCUGGAUGGAGCCACUGAGCUACUGGGGCUGGGGGGGCUACUUUAUAAAGCCCCCUCUCCCCCAGAGGUGGACCAUGGUCCGGAGGGGACCCUUGCAUGGGAUUCGGGGGAGCAGACCCUAGAGCCUGGACCAGGGUGCCAGACCCCUGAGGUGAUGCCACCUGAUCCAGGGGCUGGGGCCAGUCCCCCUUCCCCUGAAGGGCUACUAGAACCUUUGGCUCCAGAUUCUCCAAUAAUCCUGGAGUCUCCUCAUAUUGAAGAGGAGGAGAUACCCCCCAUAGCUACAAGGAGAAGGGGCUCCCCUGGGCAGCAGGAGGAGCACACCCAAGGGCAGCCACAGAGCCCAAAUGCACCCCCUAGCCCUUCAGUGGGAGAGACUCUGGGGGAUGGAAUCAACAGUUCUCAGACCAAACCUGGGGUCUCUAUCCCUGCUGCACAUCCUUCUUUGCCAGGUAGGUUGCCUAAUCAUUUGGAGGGGGCUGGGGAAAGGGUGGUGGUGAGGAGGGCUGGUUAUGUGCUUUGA